AUGUAUGGAAAAUUAACGUUUAUUAAGAAAACUGGUGGAGAUGGAUCUAAGUACCCUGUGACUGUAAGAGAUAUUUCAAUUGGAAGGUCUGAUGAUUGUUUGAUUAAAAUUCAAAAUCCUCUUAUAGAUUUGAAACACUGUCACAUAGUUGUUGACGAUAAUGAUCAGGUAAAAUUAAAAAACUUAUCAAGUCAAACAUUUUUAAAUGAUAAACUGUUGACUGUAGGAGAUUUUGCUCUGUGUCAUGGAGAUAUAUUUCAAAUAGGUGAUAGAGCGAUAAGAUGGGAAUAUCAUACUUCAUCUAAAUAUUAUCAAAAUAGGCUCUCAUCGAAUGGUCGCUUAGUCGCUGUCGUACCACCACAGCAAAGAGCAAUGAAUGAAAUAAUGACUCCUGAGUCUUCUACAUCCCAAAUAUCUCCUGCAAAGAAAUGUGUUAGCGACAUUAAAAAAAGAUUUUCCGAAAAAAUUGCAAUAGAAGACGUUUCGAGUAAAAAAAUUGAGGUAAAUAGUGCCAGUAAAAUUUAUGCAAGUUCUGGUAGUAGUACACCUAAAAUUCAUUCUCUUCGUCGCAGUCUCAUGUUAACAAAAAGAAUAUUUAGCCCAAACAAUCGUAAAAGUUUACCAGGGAGUAAUAAAAAUGGUACACCUAAAUCUAAAACCGUAGAAAACAUGGAAAAAAGAAGCUUAACUCCGUGGGAUGUAAAAUCAAUAACACCUCCGAGUGAAGCUAAAAUAGGUCGUCGAAAAGAUACUCCUAUUAAAAAAACUUCAGUCGUUAACUCGCCUAAAAGAUUUAAAAAAUCUUUACGAUUAAGCUUAAGCGGCGUACUAAAAGUUUCUAAUUUAAAUACUAUCACUGAGUUUUCUCCGAAGGAAAACAACGAAAUAAGACGAUCGACUAAAAAUUUAAAUAUUAAAACUAGUUCGAAUACAAGUGAAGAAUGUUCAACAAAUUUGUUUACUACCCCUAAGAAAAAGUUCUCGAAAGGAAAUAAUUUAACGCAAUCGGAAAAUAGAUCAAGUUCUGGAAAGUUUAACGAUGACGAAUUGAAAAAAAUAAAACUUAAUAAAGUAAAUACGCUUUCAAAAAGCGUUGAAAAAAGGUCAAAGUCGCCUAUGUUUUCAAAACGUCGAAAAACUAUAUCCGAUACUUCUAAUUUAUUGUGUGAAAAAUUUAAUGAGGAAGACAAAGUGGAAUGUUGGAGUAAAUCCAUUAAGAAUGAAAAUUUUACUUCUCAAUCGCUGAAUUCUCCUUCAAAUGUAAAAAAAUCACUGGAUAGAUUUCCUGUAGUUUCAUUAAUUGAUAUUAAUGAUGGUUUGAAUUCACCAAGUGGUGAAAAACGUUUGAUGAAACCUGAAACGGAUGAGUCAAUCUCAACAUCGAAAGAAGCAGAAGGUUUAUUACCAACUGAGAAAAGUUUAUUAUUAACUUCUAAAAAUAAUGAACAAUCACCGGUUAAAGAGUCAUGUAAAACUUCGACGACGAUUUCAGUUAAAAAAACAGUUUCGAAUCCGGUAUCAAUAAAUAAAUCUAAACAAAAACGCAAUAACCCUUCAAAGAUAGAUAAAAGCAAAAAAGUUUCUCUUCUUGUUCUAAGAAAAGGAAAGAAUCAAAAUUUGCCGAUUUCUCAUCAAAACAAAUUAAAAAAUAAAAUUGUAAAAAAAGCUAUCAAAAACUCAACUGUGGCUAAGGAAGAUAAAAAAAGAAUUUUAAAAGAGAUAAAUAAUAAAAGAGAAGAAGAAAAUUCUACUAACCUUUUUAAAAGUGGUGAUAUUUUAAAAGGUGGAAAUAAAUUUUUAGAAUCUUUAACUCAAACUCCGAAAAAUAAAAGUGGAAGAAAAAGUAAAAUUCAUACACUAGCUAAUGAGACACCAAAAUCUUGUACGAAAAUGCACAAUUCGCGUAGGGAUUUUGAAGGAAAUCUUUUGAAAGAAGGAAACGAGAAUUUUGACAUCGCAUCGGAAAUCAUUUUCGAUGAAAAUGAUGUUUUAUUGUUUAAUUCGAAGCGUCGCAGUUCGAAACGUUUGUUUUCCAAAAACGGCAAUAAUCAAUUGGAUUUCGUAGAAUUGUCACCGAAAGCGUUGGGUUUGAUUCCGAAAAAUUUAGACAAUUAUCCCAGAAGUUCUAAAAUUAAAAAUAAACGAAGAAGUAUCAGUUUGACUACUCCGAAAAAAAAUUGUACGAGAGCAUUAGUUAAAUCUGCAUCUACGACUAAAGUCGUUAAAAAAAGAAGUUUAAAAAAUUCACCCGAUGACCGCCGGUCUUUUUCUUCGAAAAAUGCAAGCAAUUCUUCACUUCAAAUUCUAUCGAUCGAUUUAGACAAUCUAUCAACUCCUAAUAUUUCUUUAGAUGCUUUUGUAUCGCCAUUAAAAAGUUCUACGAAUUCUGUUACCAACGAUAGCGAAACGAAUAGAAAUGAUGAUGAUGAUGAUGAUGUUUUUGAAAAAUCAUCGAAUAAAGAAAACUUGAAGACUCCGAAAAGUACGACCCGAAUAAAAUCUGCCCGGAAAAUAUUACAGACGCCUGAAAUCAACAAGUUUUCUCAAAAUACUAAUUCAAAUGUUAAAACGGAAAAAAUUAUGAAUUUUAGCGAAAAAAAAGAAAAACUCAAACAAACGGCAUCUAAAACAGAUGAAAAAUAUCGAAGGCAAAAUCAAGUUGUAACUCCAAGCAUUAAGAAAAACUUAUUUAAGACUUUAUCUCAAGAUGGUAAUGCAUUAAAAACUCCGGACAAUGAAAGAUUGGAAGAAAAAACAUUGAAUACAUCGGUUAGUACUCCUGGAAGAAAAAGAAAAUUUGAGAAAUUAAUGGACGAUGCUCAAGAAAUGGAAAAAGAAACUAGAACUAAAAAAAUUUCUAGGACAUGUAAAAGUCCCAAAAAUGAUUUGUCGGACGUGAAAGGAGUAAAGCAAAUUUUUAGAAGUCCUAAAGUUCAGAAAAGUCCCAAAAACGAUCUGUCUGAUGUGAAAGGAGUAAAGCAAAUUUUUAGAAGUCCUCGAGUCCAGAAAAGUCCCAAGAAUGACUUGUCGGACGUGAAAGGAGUAAAGCAAAUUUUUAGAAGUCCUAAAGUUCAGAAAAGUCCCAAGAAUGACUUGUCGGACGUGAAAGGAGUUAAGCAAAUUUUUAGAAGUCCUAAAGUUCAGAAAAGUCCCAAAAACGAUCUGUCUGAUGUGAAAGGAGUUAAGCAAAUUUUUAGGAGUCCUCGAGUCCAGAAAAGUCCCAAAAACGAUCUGUCUGAUGUGAAAGGAGUUAAGCAAAUUUUUAGGAGUCCUCGGGUGCAGAGAAGUCCCAAGAAUGACUUGUCGGACGUAAAAGGAGUUAAGCAAAUUUUUAGAAGUCCUCUAGUGCAGAAAAGUCCAAAGAACGACUUGUCUGAUGUGAAAGGAGUUAAGCAAAUGUUCAAAAGUCCUCGAGUGCAGAAAAGUCCUAAAAAUGAAUUGAAUAAUUUUGAAGGCGUACCUGAAUUGUUUGCUUCGCCUUGUUCUAGUGCAAAUGAGUUAGAAAAGAAAAAUUUGUUAUUAUCUUCUGUAGAUAAAUCAAACGGUUUCUUAAAUUCUAAUUCAAUGGACUUGGGAAAUCAUACGCAUGAUUCUCCUAAAACGAAUUCCCGAGUAACCGAAACGGAAAAUACAUUUAGUCAUGAUAAAAGAAAAAGUAAUUCAAACGUUGAAGAAAUAUUCUUGGACGGAGAAGAAACUGGAAGGAAAAAACAAAAAGCAGUCGAAUCAAGCAGAAUUUCAAAAGAAAAUUUAACGGAAAUUAAAGACGUUCAAAAUUCAGUUGAUGAAAACAAAUCGUCCGAUAAUAAAUACUUUGAUUUUAAUCCGGAUGUUCAAUCGCUCGACAUUCCAGUUGGGAGCGGGAAAAAAAGAAGUAGAAUGAAUUCAAAUAACGAUUUAGAAGAAUCGGUAAACAAAAAUGCCGAAAUCGUAAUAAAAAGUGUGACAUCGGGGAAAAGAGGGCGGCCUAGAAAAAUCGUUGAAAAACCAGAAAUUAAAUCAUCGGAGGAUCCAGAUAAUAAUGACAGUUACCAACAAAAAUUACCCACAGACGAUGUUUCCCCCAAAAGCAAACUCAGGGGUAGAAGAAAGAAAGAACUCGAUAUCGAAUUCGAAGGUAGACAACUUAGAUCUCGAAGUGUUCUCUCGUCUAAUCAGCCGUCUACCCCUAAUCUUCGCAAGAGAAAAGUCAACGUUGAUGAUGAUGCGUCGUCAGGAACGGGUACCAUCGUUGCAACUAAAAAGAAGACUUCGGCCGAAGAAAAUGUUAAAAAGUCAUCGUCGACCAAAACGAGAAAGGAAGUUCAAGUUAAAGGAAGUAAAAGUAAAGAAACUUCCGGUUUAGCAAAAACUACGAAGAAGAAAAAAAUUGACGUUGAAAAUUCUUCAUUUUCGGAAUCCGAGACAAAAACGGGAAACGUUGAGAAAAAACCAAGGGUUAAAAAAUUGAAAAAUUCUCCGAAAAUAAGUCCUAGGCUAACGAGAAACAGGGUGGCUGGAAAAAAUUAA